AUGGCUUCAUUUAAAAAAUAAUAAUAAAAGACUCAAGCACCCUAAAAAAAGAAGGUCAAAAGCGAAUUGACUGAUGAUUAAAAACAGGAAAUUAAAGAAGCAUUUGAUUUAUUCGAUACUGAUCGCUCUGGAGCAAUAGAUUGUCAUGAAAUUAAAGUUAUUCUCAGAGCUCUAGGAUUUGAAGUUAAAAAGUAGGAAGUAUAAGCAUUGAUGAAGGAAUAUGAUAGAGAUGAAACUGGCAGAAUUGAAUAUAGUGAUUAUAUAGAACUAAUGACUAGAAAAUAUUGUGAAAGAGAUCCUUAGGAUGAAAUAUUCAGAGCAUUUAAACUAUUCGAUGAUGACAACUCAGGUAAAAUAACAUUGAGGAAAUUAAAAAAAGUAUCAAAAGAAUUAGGAGAAAGUUUGAGUGAUUAAGAAUUGUAAGCUAUGAUAGAUGAGUUUGAUAAAGAUGGGGAUGGGUAAAUCAACAUCGAUGAAUUCCUAAGCAUCAUGAAAUAAACAACAAUUUAUUGAAUCAAUUAAUGAAUAUUACAUCUAAGACUUAAUAUUAUUAUUAUUGAACAAUAUCAUAA